GAAGUACAAAUAAGUUUACCUAAGUAGAACUUGAGUUAUUGCGGGCCAGCUUGACGCCCAGUGAUCAACAAUAAAUAUGGGGAGAAAAUCGGCGAAAGCCAAAGCAAAGAAACAACAGAGGAAAGAGGAAAGUGCUAAAUAUGCUGUAUCCUUUGCUAAAGUGGAAGCAGCAAAUAAGAUUAAGGAUCCAUUGGAUUUGGUUGCACCCUUCAGAAAAUAUGACAGAAAUGGGAUUAGUCUGACAAUAGAAUUUUUUCGAGCUGCAGACCUGAGUCAGGAAUUGAUAGAUUGGGUAUUUAACCUCACUAAGAAGAACUUGAAGAAAUUAUACGAGGAGAGUGAUUGGGACUGGAAGGACAAAGAAAAGCUAGAAGAGAUGACCGAAGAAAAAGCACUCUACCUCAUCGCCAUGGACAAAGACUCUAAACCUGUGGCAUUUACACACUUCAGAUUUGAUAUGGAGUGGGAUGAGGAACUAGUUUACUGUUAUGAACUUCUGGUAAUAGAAGAAUACAGAAGGAAAGGUAUUGGGAAGUUUUUAAUGCAGAUUUUGGAAUUGGUAGCAUAUAAAACUGAAAUGAUAAAAGUCAUGCUUACAACAUUCAAAAACAACAAGAUGGCAGAAAGUUUCUUUAUGAAAGCUAUGAAGUAUACGACAGACGAGACAUCUCCAGAGGAUCCAGUAUGGGAGAAGAGAGAAUAUAAAUACCAUAUACUCAGUAAAGAAAUAAAGCCUAGUAAAGAAAUAAAGCCUAAGCCAUGUUGUAAAUCCCAGGUCUGUAAAUAGGAAGCUAUGCAGACUUCACCUGUGAAGCAACCUCAGCAUAGCCAUAGCCUGUUCAUAUCAAAUUAUCAGCUAGAAAAUAAGUAAAUUUUUAAAUGUCAAAUUGUCAACUGGGAAAUAGCUAAAUUCUUGAGUUGCUAAAUUGUCAGCUGGAAAAAUGGCCAACCUUAUUCUAAUCACUGGCUAGAAAAUGUUACCCAAGUGCUGCUAUAACAGCCCUUGACAUGGUAAUGGAACUGGAAACCUAUAGCUGUGCUAUCCUUGGCUACUGACAUUGUUUUUUUCACUGAACAAACAAAUUCUGGAUGAUCAUUUCCUUGUUGGGACGGUUGUACUACAACUUUGAUUCAGAAAUUGACCUUGUUACAUCUAGUAUGCUGAUUUUGUCAGAGAAGUAGAGUAAAUAACAUUAUGGUUUUGUGUUUAGGAAACUUUCAAACAAACUAGUCACGGACAAUGCCAUAUUAAGAAUUCUCAAACGAAAAUGUUAUGUUUUAUGUAUAUCAUUGCUACCAUCAUGUCUGUAGUAUUACAUUCUAGUAAGGAUAUGGUCUGAAUCUGUGCCUUAAACAAUUGCUUAAAAUAAAAGGCUUUAUGUAUUAAAGAUGGGGUGUAGGGUGGUGUGUGUUGUGAGGAGUGCAAGUUUCGGAAUUCCCGGUACAGUUUUAGUGUCACACUGGUAAUGCUGGUCAAUGAUAACCAGAUAUUACAAGUGUUUAAACAGGUUUAUGGAUAUUCAGGCGAAAGAACAUUUAGUACCAAGUAUUGAUAUUUCUAUACUUGUACAUUUACCGUAGGUACUUUUGUAUAAAUCUGUCUUAACUUUACACAUAUGUAAGGAUAUACAGAUAUUUACGUUUUUAAUAAACAUGUUGGACGAA